AUGGUUGAUGAGCAUAAGCAUAAAGAAGAGGGGAAGGAAAGUAUUUCUAAGAUCAAGAGACAAUUUGGAUUAUCAAGAAGAAGGAGAUUCCUUGAAUGGGAGCGGUCUGUUGCUGAGAGGGGUCCUGAAAGACAGGGGGACACAGAUAGAGGGAGGAUCCACACAAAGAGGAAGCAGCUGAGAGCAAAGGAGCCCCUGCCAGAGGAAUAUCCUUGGGGGGACACUGUCAGGAGCAGUGACAUCAUAGGAAAAACCACCAACCAAGGCCAAGGAGACCAGAGACCAGCACCUCGCCCAGAGGACCCCAGUCAGAGGUCCCAUCUCAGACCCGAGCCUAGCAUGGGCUGCAGGCUGCUCUGCUGUGCGGUUCUCUGUCUCCUGGGAGCGGCUCCCAUGGAAACGGGAGUUACGCAGACACCAAGACACCUGGUCAUGGGAAUGACAAACAAGAAGUCUUUGAAAUGUGAACAAGAUCUGGGGCAUAAUGCUAUGUAUUGGUACAAACAAAGUGCUGAGAAGCCACUGCAGCUCAUGUUUGUCUACAAUCUUAAAGAACAGAUUGAAAACAACAGUGUGCCAAGUCGCUUCUCACCUGAAUGCCCCAACAGCUCUCACUUAUUCCUUCACCUACACGCCCUGCAGCCAGAAGACUCAGUCCUGUAUCUCUGUGCCAGCAGCCAAGACACAGCCUUGCAGAGUCACCGCUUUCCUGUGCAGAAAGCUUUGGGGCCCUCCAGGAAGCCGUGGGGGCCACCAAAGCCUUGGGUGAACAUUUCCUGCAAGAUCCCCGACAGAAGCUUCAGAACAUCAUAG